AUGCUCAUCCGCUCCCUCGUCACCCUCGCAUGUGCACUCACCGCCGCCGCGUCCGCGAUCCCCGCCCUUGACUCUGAGCACGAGCUCGAGGAGCGCGGGCGGCACGCGCGCCCGCCGACGGUCCAGGUCAGGCCCGGCGACCCGCACCAGUGCGGCAAUGUGCGCGCGUCGUGGACCGGCGUGCCGCCCUUCCAAGUCGAGUUCGGGCUGUGGCGCGGGCCGGUCGCGACGCACGGCGGCUUCCUGUCGAGGUUUGGUCUGUAUGACACCCAGCAGACGUCGUACGACUGGACCGUCAUCAUCCCCAAGGGCACGCCGUUCCAGGUGCAAGUCACCGACUCGACUGGCCGCCUCGCCUGGUACCGCGCCACCGUCCGCGGCGGCAACAAGAAGUGCGACCUGUUCACGACAUGGUCCGUCGGCCCUCUGCCCUCGACGACCUACAUCCCUCCUGGCACGUCCCCCCUGCCACCCAUUACCACGGUCGGGUCAGCAGGUCCCCCCGUCACGACGACGCCCUCGCCCACUGAGAAGAUCUGCUACUUCACCCCGUCGCAUAAGUCUGGUGAAUCGUACCAGGUCAUCCCGACGCCAUGUGGCAGCUCGCCUCUGACGACGGUCGGCUCGGCAGGUCCCCCGGUCACGACAAAGCCUUCGCCCACCGAGAAAGUCUGCUACUCCACCCCGUCGCAUAGAUCCGGGGACUCCUACCAAGUCAUCCCGACCCCAUGCGGCAGCUCGCCCCCCGUGACGCCCCCUCCUGCUACGACUGCCCCGCCCCGGUCGACCACGACCACCUCGUCAACGUCCUCGAAGAAGAUCUGCUACAGCACGCCUCCGCACCCGUCUGAUGCGGUGUCGUGGCAGGUCUUCCCGACACCCUGCCCUGGCGAGUAA